GUAAUGCAUCACUAAGGUGUUUGCCAGCAACGAAUAAAAGCCACAAGAAGAAGAAGAGUAAACCAGAAAAAAAACAGGGUGACGCCGUGACGGAGGUUAGCAGAGUGCGAAAGUAGCUUCGAACAUGUCAAAUGAAGGAAACUUGGACGGAACCGAGUCAAAAUGUGAUGCACACGGUUUCUCUCAGUCCUGGUCCAUAACAGUGGAUUAUUACAAAACCUUUGAGUAUAGUUUAAAGUGGAAGAGACCCAUGAGUCUCAGAAGCUCCUCCAGACUCUCUAAGUCUUCCAGUAAAAGUGUCCAGAAAGGACCUGCAUCAAAUGCAGCUGUUUCACAGGAAGAUGGAAACUAUGACCUGAUCAACAUCAUCGAUGGCCCUGAAAGAGAAGCUGUGGAAAUAGUUGAUAACGGACUGUUGGAGUCCGAUGACGAGCUUCUGACCAGCAUAAAUUCUGGUCCCGCCAUCAUGCGUCAUCCCUCCCCCAAAACGCUAAAGUCCACUCCGGCAUUGUGCUCGGCCUGUCUAGAGCUUUAUCAGCAGGCAAAGGCAGCAGAAACUCCAAUCAAAAACAAACUCCAAGACCAUGAUCCCAAGUCCCUGACAUGUGACCAUUGGGUGCUGAUCAAGAAGUGGAUGCCCAGAAGGCUGCCCGAUGCAAGGAAGCUGGAUAAGUUCGUUACUCUGGGACAAGGAAAGCAACCUGAGGAAUCACCUGCCUGUUCAAGGCAGCAUAUUUUUCUCCGGAGGAAUCUUAGUCGUGCCAGGCUGCAAGCAAAGGGCAGAAAUGAAAGCAGGAGGAAGCGAAGGAGAGAAGAUUCUCAUGGUUGUCGUGCUGCUAAGCAGCGGCAUCUCCGAAGCAGGGGUUACCAGGAUCGGAACGUGACCAACAUGGAUGACGAAUCAAACAGCAGUUUCAUCUUCUGCAGUUUUGAAGGAAGCAGAAAGCCUCAAAUGGAUCCCAUGAGCCUUCCAGAGCCAUCAGUUCCUCUGAAGGCGGCCGUGGUCCAAGCCAAGCAGAAAACACCAAGAAAGACGAGUGGAUUUAGAGAACUGCUGGCUCAGCUACGAGGACACCGCAACUCAAUUGUCAAAGAAACAUGUUAGAAAAAUUGAACGUGCGUUUUUGUUCUGUAGGGUCUGUUAAUAACUGAAUAAGUUCUGUUCCAUUCACAUGCGUUGUUUUUUUUUUCUUUAAAAAAAUCUGUCGAGAUGCACCUAAAUGACUGUGAACAAAAUAUCAUUUUCUUCAUGCAAAUUGUUGUUUUCCUACUAAAGAGUUUGUUUUUCAUCUGGACCUAUAGGUAGACUGCUGUAAUUGUUUCAGCUCAUUCUACUAAACAGUGAGAUGCUUUAUUGGCAUUAUAUGGUGCAAUGCAAAAAGGAAUUUGAUGGUAUAAAUUUAAGACAAAGUAUUAGAAUUAAAACAAUUCAGAGAUCUAAAAAUCCCUCCUGGUUUUAUCACUGCAGCCAACCAGGAGGUCUAAUCAAAAAUAAUUGCUCUCCGUGAAGAAGUGGGCCAGGAGGCUUAUAUGCUGCAGACCCACAAUCAUCUGCUGGCUAUCAGCUGGGAACUUCAGAGUGGAUCCGGGCAGGGUGAGAGGAGUCAGGUGCUGCAAAUGAACUCCACUGAGUCAUAAGAGUAAAACAAAAAGAAAUGAGCUACAAGAAUCAAAUGGCUGUAACAGUGUUACAGAAAAGUGUUCGCAUUAAACAUGUUGGGAAAGGUUACCUAUUACAGCGACAUGUAUGCCCUUGAAAAUUGAUCUUUUUGUUUUUAGAACAAUGCAAAUACAUUAAAGAUUAUUCUUUGGACUACCAA